GAGAUGAUUUCUGUGUUAUAAAGCUCGGGACGUAGAUUUCAGGCGUGACUCCCAAGCAACGUGCUGCAAGCAGACCGAAGAAGGACGAGCGAAAAUGGCCAACGUUCUCUUGACAGGAGGCUCCGGCUUCAUUGCAGCCCACAUCCUCGAACAGCUCCUCGCCAAGGGCCACAAAGUGGUGACGACUGUCCGCUCCGAGGACAAGGCCGCCAAGAUCCGCGAGGCAUACCCUGCUCAAGCCGCCUCGGGCGACCUCACCGUUGCCAUAGUUCCAGACAUUGCGCAGCCUGACGCCUUUGACGAGGUGGUCAGGACACCUGGACUGGAAGUCGUCCUGCACACUGCCUCUCCUUUCCAUUUCAAGUGGAAGGACCCCAAGAAAGAGCUAGUCGAUCCCGCCGUAAUCGGAACAACCUCCAUCCUCCGCGCCAUCGCUCGCUCAGCACCCUCCGUGCGGCGGGUCGUUGUCACGUCGUCCUUCGCCGCCAUACUCGACGAGGCGCACAUUUGGGACCCGUCAACCACCUACAGCGAAUCCUCGUGGAACCCUGUUACUCUUGCCGACAUUCACAACAGCCCUGCCACCGCCUACCGAGCAAGCAAGACACUUGCCGAGCGCGCGGCGUGGGAGUUUGUGAAGGAUCCUGCCAACGGGGCCAAGUUUGACCUCGUCACCGUCAAUCCGCCCAUGGUGUUUGGGCCGGUGGUUCAUUACCUCAGCAGCCUUGAGUCCAUCAACACCAGCAACGAACGCUUCCUGGAUUGUCUAAGAGGCAAAUGGCGCGAGGAGAUACCGUCGACGGGCCCGGCCAUUAUCUGGAUUGAUGUGAGAGACGUUGCCUUGGCGCACAUCAAGGCCGGGUUGGAGAUUCCCGAGGCCGGCGGGAAGAGGCUGUUUACCGUGAGCGGGCUGUUUAGCAACUCCGAGUUGGCUGCCGUCAUAAGGAAGAAUUUCCCAGAGUAUGCGGAGCUGCUGCCGACGGCAGACACCAAAGGCGGCGAGCUCCCGCCCGAGGAGGGGAGGUUCCGGUAUGACAACUCGGCGACGACAAAGUUGUUGGGGAUUGACUGGAUCGGGUUUGAGAAGAGCGUGGUUGACACCGUGAAGAGUUUGAAGAAGGCUGGGGCGUGAGGUCGUGACCGCAUCGGCCCAGGGAUAGCCAUAAGACUCGUAGAUAAAAAUCGCCCAGCGCGUCUUCUUAGCGGCCUCAAGAGCCCUUCUCCAGCUCCCUGAUUCUUUUCAAUACCCCCUCCUUCCAAUCG